AUGGACAUGGACUCCAUCGCAACAGAGGUCGCCGAGACCAUCCAAGCGGGCCACAUCCGAUCCCACCCCGAUAUCAACUUCGACGCCUCGCCCUCCACAGCCGCCGACAAACGAGAACCAGUCACCCUCCACAGCCCUCGCCUCAGCGAUGACGAACUCCUCAACGACGUGGAAGACGAUGAGGAGGACAUCCCCUACAGUGUUCUGCACCCCUCCCACAAAUCUCACAGCCUCCCACCUUUGCCAGAUUUGCGAUUCGAGCAGAGCUACUUGCGGAGUAUUGCCAAUGCCGAUACAUGGUGGAAGGUGUUACUCAUCACAGCAAGAGAUCAGGUAAGACGAAAGUCGCCUUGGUAG